CUUGCAGCACCCAGAAGUGAACAGCAGGCGACCCGGAAGGUCUGAACUCCGAUUGAAGGCAGGCAGAAAGAACAUCUCAACCUUUUAUAAUAUUCAUUUCCAAGAGGAGAAAUCUGCAGCGGAGUUGCCAGGAUGGCGGAGCCUCGAUUUAAUAAUCCCUAUUUCUGGCCGCCACCUCCCUCUAUGCCUGGCCAGCUGGAUAACAUUGUGCUGAUCAAUAAGAUAAAAGAGCAGCUCAUGGCUGAGAAAAUCAGGCCCCCACACCUGCCUCCCACUUCGGUUCCUUCCCAGGAGCCUUUGCUGGUCCCAGGUUCGCCAUCGGAGGGCGGCCAGCACGCAAUGUCAGCCCCCAAGCUACAGCAGGGCUCGUCGCUCCAUUCCCACAGCCAGUCGCAGCCUGACAUCGCCUUGCACGCCCGUCCCGCCUCCAGCUCAGUGACAGGCCUUAUUCUUGGUGAUAUAAAUUUGAACCUGGAUGACAAGUCAGCUGUGAAAACCAAAGGUCUGAGAGAGGAUUGGCAUCUGCGUCAGAUUGUAGACCAACCCAUUAGAGUCAAUCAUCUGUCAGGUGUGGCUCCAUCCUCUCGUGUUGGCAGCCAUAGCACCUCAGAGCCAAUCAGCCCCACCACGCCCACCUCCAGCAGCCAGAGCAGGAUGGGUGGCGCUCCAACUCCAAAUAUAAUUUCUGGAUUGGCCAGCGGUCCAGGAAUGGAACCAAUCAAGAAUGGUGGUCUGGCAGGGUUCCUGGGGCCGCCACCCAAAAUGGAACGUGGGCGCAAGAAGAUCAAGGCGGAGAACCCUACUGGCCCCCUACUGGUGGUGCCCUACCCCAUCCUCGCCUCAGGCACUGACCAAUCAACAGUCACCAUUGCUGCUAAGGAAGGAAAAACCUACAGGUGCAAGGUCUGCCCUCUAACCUUCUUCACGAAGUCGGACAUGCAGAUCCACUCCAAGUCGCACACCGAAGCCAAGCCACACAAGUGUCCCCACUGCACGCGCUCCUUCGCCAACGCGUCCUACCUGGCCCAGCACCUGCGCAUACACCUGGGCGUCAAGCCCUAUCACUGCUCCUACUGUGAGAACUCCUUCCGUCAACUCUCACACCUGCAGCAGCACACAAGAAUUCAUACUGGUGACCGACCGUAUAAAUGUGCCCAUCCAGGGUGCGAGAAAGCCUUCACACAGCUCUCCAAUCUUCAGUCACACCAGAGACAGCAUAACAAAGACAAGCCGUAUAAGUGUCCCAACUGCUACCGGGCCUACUCUGACUCCGCGUCACUGCAGAUCCACCUGUCGGCGCACGCCAUCAAGAACGCGAAGGCAUACUGCUGCAGCAUGUGUGGUCGGGCGUAUACCUCUGAGACCUACCUGAUGAAGCACAUGUCCAAGCACACGGUGGUGGAACACCUUGUCACUCAACAGUCCCCUCAGAGAACCGAGUCCCCCAACAUCCCCAUUCGCAUCUCCCUCAUCUGAGGAACCAGCUGCCCUAAAUCCUGCCCCACGUAGGACUGAAGGUCGUCUUUUUAUCUUCAUGAACCUAAGGCUCUUUAGUUUUCCUUUAUUUUAAUUCUUUUUUUAAUAUUUCUGUAAUCAUUCCAAAAAAUGUGCCAGACUCUAAGUACUUCAAGACAAAAAAAUCUUUCUGUGCCAUUGCGGAGUUAUGGUUGAGAAGCCCAAAAAGGAUUAUACAGCACUUUCACUCUUGUUAUAUUAUUAAAAUAUAUUUUUGACCCAUAAAGGAUAGAUAUUAUUUAAGACGUAUAAUCAUUACCAUGGAAAAUAUUUCAAAGCUUUUAAUGUAUUUAAAAGCGUUUUGUUUUCUCUCCUUUGGGGUUUUCAUGUUUACAAUAUCGAGGGGGGUCAUAGUGAAAAUUUCAUUAAAAUGGUCAUUUUUAAUCAGUCAUGCAAAACAAAAUAUUUCACAUUUUUUCCAGUCUUUAGUAAAUUUCAGCAAUGGAGGAGCUGAUUGAUCGAGUUAAAAUCAAAAAAGAGGAGCUUUGCACAUUGGCGUAUCUAAGCCGAGGAGAAUACCGCUGUUAAACAGUAGGUGUCAGUGUUGGUCCUUCCCUUGAUGUCUUGGCCACUGUUAAGUUCUCGACUGCCAUAAUGCAUUACAGAAUAGCCCUGAGUUUCUUAUAGAUAAUAAAUACUUAAAAUGAGCAAUUAAGACUGAAUAAAGUGCAGCUACUACAGUUACCGUAGUUAAAGGGACUGACCUGCAUUGCUGAAACUGCUUCAGCUAGACGUGCAUUUUUAUUUAGCGCUCAAUUUUAUUCAGGCGGAUCGAUCAGAGCCGGGUGCAUGUGCACAGUCCACGUUUUUCCUGAAGCUACUGUAACUUGAUUGUAUUUUUUUGUUGUAAAAUGUAUUCUACUUUAUGGCUGCUUUUAAUCAGUCAUAAUCAGUAUUGAUAAGUUUAAAUGGGAUUUGUUUGAGAAACAAAGAAAAACGGUAUUCGACCGAAUUUUUAUGAUGCGAGGUGGUGUGUGGUUUUUCUUAAACACCACUGUAACGCUCAAAUGUUUGACGAUUAGAACCUUUGAGAUAAUCUGGGACACACAUAAUAAUUCUACUAACACAUUAUGGAGAGAUCAUGACAGUACUAUGGUUUUCAGAAGGUACAUGUUGCUAUUGGAUAACUAUAGUUGGUAUCACAGAGUACUUCAGGACAGUAUGAUGCAGUCCUUGUGUGAAACUUCUGCCAAGCGAUAAAACACACAUUGGUCAACAAUGUGUUAAACACUCUAAUAAAUUUUAAGAACUGGUUCACUCGUGGCUUUCUGUGCUGGAUUCAUCAAAUGUGCUGCAUAUGCAAUGGUUCCAGCAUUAACGACAUAUCUGCAAGGUCGGUAUAUAAACAUUCCCAUGUUGACAUUUGCUUUUUUUAUUGGCGUUUCCAUAGCCCUGCUUAACUUUCACUCAGAAAUCUCCCCCCCCACCUCCUUUGUCUUUAACGACUAUACAGACAUGAUUUGGCAGGUUUUGACGUUAAGCUAUGUAAUUUGGGGGGGGGGGGGGAAGCUGGGACUUAGGUCUGAACAUCAUGCGAUUUGCUGGCAGUGUCACCGUGACAUUUUGAAUAAAUCAAAGGUUUUAGGUUUAUGUGCAAUCUAUAUUUUGUUAAAUAUAGAAAUGCGAGCCGUUUGGCCAUUUCUCCCGGAAAUCAAGCUGCCAACAGCAGAUCCCUGCUCUAACUUUUUUAUGGUGUAAAUGAGCAUAUUUACAUUUAUACUUUAAAUAUACCUUAUGACCUUUUAUAAUUAAAAUUUUAAGAGACUUCAUUUUUUUUUCUUGGUAAAAUGUGUAUAGUUAUGUAUAAAAGACCUCUUUGAUAACCCUGUUACUCAUGUCUAAAUAUUAAUUUGUUAUUUUUUUACACAUUUAAGCCUUAACUGUCUCUACGACCAUAUUUACUUUUUUCCCAACAUUGUUGCUCUGUACCUAGUACUGUAUGCAUUUUUAUUUCUUAGCAUGGAAUAUACUGUAAAAAUCUAUAUAUCAACUGUUAACCAGUUUUCAAUAUUAAAUCAUAUAGGUAUAUGUAUUUUUUUGUCUUGCAUUGUGGUUUCAAUAGUAGUGUUGGCACAGCCAAUGCUGAGAUGUAAUAUGUGUAAAAACUAGUAAAACAAAAAAGUAGAAUGAUUUAUAUCUUUUCUUGUUUAAUAAAUGCAGGUUUAAUGUUUUA